AUGGGUGCUCUGCUUAUCCGCGUCGCUUCAAACGAGAGGUACACGGCGACGGGCGUCACAGCAGAGGGCUACCUCACCUUUACAGUGGACCCCAUCCAGGCCUUGGAGGUGCUAACGCUCUGCGUUUGUGUGCCGCCGCCGGGAGGCAGCCUUUGCAGCGUUAAGGCGGCCAGUGGUAUGGCCCCUUUUUGGCGCUAG